CGGGGCACCCCAAGGCCCCGGCCCCACCAUGCACGCACUGGGGCAGCUCUUGUUGAUGCUGGUGGUGGGGUCGGCGGGUGGCCGUGAGGACCCCCGGGACACCCUGGCCUGCUCCCAGGGCCUCACCUGCCGCCUCUUGGAUACCGAUGUGCUCUGCGGGACAGAGCCCCCAGGGUCCAGGCACGGGCUGGCCCUGGCUCGUCUGCGGCUGGAGCCGGCGCUGCGCUGCACCGAGCCAAUGGCCUGCGUGCCCUGCCUGGAGGCACAUGUGCGGCUGGCCUUGCCACUUGCCACCAGCACUGCCACCGAGUCCCACCUCUCGGCGCAGCCUGGCAUCUCUGGGACAGAGGAUAGUGGUGAUGGGGGACAGUGGUCACCAGCGACUGGGGCCACCUCCUCCCAGCCCAACGUUACUGGUCUGUUGCUUCUCUCUGGGCACGCGUACACCUCAUCCCGCUGUGUGGCCGUGGAGGUCUGGGCACCCUUGGAUCCCACGCUGCGUGGCCGAACUAUGGGUUGGGUGAUCUUCCGGUGUUUCGAGGCACCGCUGGGCUCCAAACUCCACGUCUCAGCAUACAUGAACUCACAGGGCCGACAAAGGCUGAGCCAGCAGCAGCGGGUGCCAGACUGUUUGUGGCCUGCGGCACAGGCUUCUGUCCCCCAGUGCCAAGUGCCCAGGCUGCGGGUCUCCCCGGGGCAGAAGGAGGUGGUUGUGGAAGUGCAGGGGGCUGCAGUAGGGCUCAGCUACACACUCCGGCUCUACCACAACCAUAGCCAUGGCACCAGUGGGCCGGGGCGUGCAGUGACCAUGAGCAGUCCCAUGAACUAUGUCCUGCCCGCUGAUGAGGUGUUGCCCUGCCUCUGCCUGCAGGUCUGGCCGGAAACCCAAGACCCACUACGGGCCACCCUGUGCCCCUUCUCUCAUGAUGUUGAGGCCUGGGAGCGCCUGUGGGCACAGAGCCGGCUGGUCUUGCACAUCAAGGGGCAGGUGCUGACCUGCUCCCUCUCAGCCCCCUGCGACCUCCUGGCUGAACUGGUGCCCUGCUGGCAGCCAGUGCCCUCUGGGCCCUGCCAACCCCUCCCUGGCCUGCAGCAGCCUGCUGGGGGGCAGGGACCCCAGGAGUUUGGAGGGCUCCGGCCACACCCCAACCUCUGCGUGCAGGUGUGGAGCAGUGGUCAGGUCCGGCUGACCCAGUGCCUGCGGGACCGAGCACUGCCUGGCCGCCCUGAUGAUCUCCUACUGCUGGAGCAUGGGGGGAAUGCCUCACUGUGUGCCAUGGAGUGGGGUGCCUGCACACCCCUUGCCAGCUUCACCAGCACGGGAGCAGGGCACCCUGGGCUGCUGGAGCAGGAUCUGCAGCAGGACAUGGCAGGGGGGCAGUGCCAGCAGCUGUGGCACCCAUCAAACAGCACUGGGGUUGUGUUCUGGGCCUGUCCUCUGCACAAAUACCUGCGUACCCACUGGGCACUGGUGUGGAUGGGGGUGCUGCUGGGGGCCACCUGUCUCCUGCUGCUGCUCUUGAUGAAGAAGGAGGAUAUGAAAGGAUGGCUCAAAUCCCUGAGGGCUGGCUCCUAUGGCUCCAAGGGUCCGCUGCAAGGCCGGCGAGCACUGCUGGUGCACGCAGCAGAACCGGUGGCGGAGCGGGUAGCCUGUGCCUUGAUGGCAGCUCUGCACUCACUGGGACUGACGGUGGUGGCAGCACCGGGGGGUGGCAGCGGGGUUGCGGCUUUGGGGCCACUGCCCUGGCUGCACGCCCAGCACCACCGGGCACUGCGUGACAGUGACAUCAUCGUCCUCCUCCUCUCCCCGGCAGCCGUGGCUGCUGCACACCAGUGGGACGCCGGGGGCAAGGUUGUGCCAGAGUCCGGGGCUGCUGAAAGCAGCCUUGGGCCCUGGCACAACCCUGACCCUGAUGAUGUCCCCACGGUGGCACCCUGCGAGGUGUUUGCAGCAGCUCUGUCCUGUGCCAUGCCAGUGCUGAUGGUGGCCAGUGGGCACUACGUGGUGGCCUGGCUGGAGGCCUUGGUGCCAGCAGUGCCCCCAGCGCUGCGGGCAGCCCCUGCCUUUGCACUGCCCAGCGAGAUGGAGGGGUUCUUGCAGGCACUGGCAGGCCCAGCUCGGCAGAGGGGCCGCUGGCUACAGCCAUACGUGGCUGCAGUGGCCGAGGCUCUGGAGCGGGCAGUUGGAGAAUAAAGGGGUGACAGUG